AUGGAGGGCAUACUCGACUUCUCCCGAGAGUUCGAUGUUACGCUCAUGGACAGGGUGGUGAUGAGCUUCUACUCCGGCGCAGGGGCAGAGCAACAACUCGCGCAGCAAGUUUUGACUCAAUUUCAAGAGAGUCCGGAGGCAUGGACACGGGUUCCUGAUAUACUUGAACGUUCGUCUUUCCCCCAGGCGAAGUACAUCGGGCUACAAAUCCUGGAGAAGCUGAUCACAACACGAUGGAAGUCUCUCCCUGAGGGUCAACGACAAGGGAUCCGAAAUUUCAUCGUCGGCAUCACCGUCAAAAUCGCGUCGGAUGAGGCUACAAUGCGGAGAGACAAAACGUACCUCAACAAGUUGAACCUUGCACUCGUCCAGAUCUUGAAGCAGGAGUGGCCCCACAACUGGCCAACAUUCAUCCCCGAGUUGGUCGAGUCCUCCAAAACCAACUUGUCGCUGUGCGAGAACAACAUGAUCAUCCUCAAGCUUCUCUCUGAGGAGAUCUUUGACUACUCGGCGGAGCAAAUGACGCAGGCGAAAGUCAAGAACCUGAAGAACCAGAUGUGUGGCGAGUUCUCAGAGAUCUUCAAGCUUUGUUCGGAGAUUCUUGAGGAGGCGCAGAAAGCUUCGCUCAUCAAGGCGACUUUGGAAACGAUGCUCAGAUUCCUGAACUGGAUCCCUCUUGGCUACAUCUUUGAGACCACAAUCAUCGACGUACUGCUGAACCGGUUCCUAGAAGCACCGGAGUUCCGCAAUGUCACCCUGAAGUGCUUGGCAGAAAUCGCCUCACUCAACGUUGGGCCUGAGUACGACCCCAAGUUUGUCAUCCUGUUCGCCAUGGUCAUGACUUCCGUCAACCGCAUGAUUCCCCCGAGUACCAACAUUGCCCAGGCAUACGCGAACGCCGCCGACGCUGGACAAGAGCUGGUCCUGAACCUCGCGCUUUUCCUGUCGAACUUCUUGUCAAAUCACCUCCGUGCAGUUGAGACAGAACAGAACCGCGAUGUUCUCCUCAAUGCUCACCUCUACAUGGUCAAAAUCUCCCAAGUAGACGAGCGUGAAAUCUUCAAGAUUUGUUUGGAGUACUGGUUGAAGCUUGUCGCGGAGCUUUACGAGGAGAUCCAGAGUCUACCGAUGGGCGACAGCGGUCUCUUGAUGAACCUCAGUCUAGGUGGCGGCAAUGCUGUUCUCAACGGCAUCUCAUUGCGCAAGAACAUCUACAGCGACGUUCUCUCAAAUCUUCGCCUCGUAGUCAUCGAGAAGAUGGUGAAGCCCGAAGAGGUUCUGAUUGUCGAAAACGAAGAGGGUGAAAUCGUUCGAGAAUUCAUGAAGGAAAUCGACACCAUCGUUCUCUACAAGUCUAUGCGCGAGUUGCUCGUGUACUUGACUCAUCUAGACGUCGCGGAUACCGAGAACCUCCUCACCGAGAAGCUCCAGAAGCAAGUCGAUGGAUCGGAAUGGUCAUGGCAAAAUCUUAACACGCUCUGCUGGGCCAUUGGCUCCAUUUCCGGAGCUAUGAACGAGGAGACCGAGAAACGUUUCCUGGUCACGGUCAUCAAGGACUUGCUCGGGCUUUGCGAGAUCAAGCGCGGAAAGGACAACAAGGCUGUCGUUGCCUCGGACAUCAUGUACAUCGUCGGUCAAUAUCCUCGGUUCUUGAAGGCGCAUUGGAAAUUCCUCAAGACGGUCGUCAACAAGCUCUUUGAGUUUAUGCACGAAACUCACGAGGGUGUUCAGGAUAUGGCAUGCGACACGUUCAUCAAGAUUGCGCAGAAAUGCCGACGCCAUUUCGUCAUGCAGCAGUCGGGAGAGUCGGAACCCUUCGUAGACGAAAUCCUCAGGUUGUUGCACCGAAUCACGGUGGACCUCUCUCCCCUGCAGGUUCACACUUUUUACGAAGCAGUAGGCUACAUGAUCUCAGCACAGCCUAACAAGCCCCAGCAAGAGAAGCUCAUCGCGAAGUUGAUGGAGCUCCCCAAUAAUGCGUGGGACUCGCUCAUGACCCAGGCGGCGCAGAACAUGGACGUCCUCAGCGGCCCGGAGAACAUCAAGAUUCUCUCCAAUGUCUUAAAGACGAACGUGUCUGCCUGCACGUCCAUCGGUACUUUCUAUCUGCCACAGAUUGGGAGGAUCUUCUUGGAUAUGCUCGGCCUAUACAAAGCAGUCAGCGGCAUCAUCAGCGAGACUGUUGCUCGGGAGGGUGUCAUUGCAACGAAGACGCCGAAGGUCCGGCAGCUCCGUACCAUUAAAAAGGAAAUCCUCAAGUUGAUGGAGACCUUCGUCAAGAAGUCGGAAGACCUCGAGACGGUGAACUCCAACUUCAUGCCGCCAUUAUUGGAUGCCAUACUUGGGGAUUACAGUCGCAAUGUUCCCGCAGCUCGCGAUGCAGAAGUACUCAACGUCAUGGCCACCAUCAUCGGCCGCUUGGGGCCCCUGCUAACGCCCCAAAUUCCCGCCAUCUUGGAAGCGGUCUUUGAGCCAACAUUGAACAUGAUCAACCAAGACUUCUCUGAAUUCCCUGAGCACCGCGUCGGAUUCUUCAAGCUCCUCCGCGCCAUCAACCUGAACAACUUCCCUGCUUUGUUGAACAUCCCUCCACCCCAGUUCAAGCUGUUCACGGAUAGUAUCAUCUGGGCAAUCAAGCACACGAUGCGCGACAUCGCUGAAACUGGUCUGAACCUGUGUUUGGAAGUCGUGAACAACUUCGCGGGCGCCGACCCAGCGGUUGCCAACUCGUUCUUCCAGCAGUACUUCCUCAGCAUCCUGCAGGACAUCUUCUACGUCCUCACAGAUACCGACCACAAGAGCGGCUUCAAGCUGCAGUCCAUGCUUCUGGCGCGGAUGUUCCAGCUUGUGGAGACCAACCAGACCACAGCCCCUCUGUACGACCCUGCAGCGGUCACAGAGCAGCCGAUGAACAACUCGAUCUUCUUGCGCCAGUACACAGCGAACCUCCUCAAGGGUGCUUUCCCCCACAUUCAGAACGCCCAGGUCCAGACGUUUGUCGUAUCACUCGGCGAGUACCACAGCGACAUCAACCGCUUCAAGCUCGCUCUCCGCGACUUCCUCGUGCAGCUCAAGGAGUUUUCUGGGGACAAUGCGGAGUUGUACCUCGAGGAGAAGGAAGCCGAGGCCCAGCGCAAGGCUGACGAGGAGCGCGAGACGGCGAUGCGCAUUCCCGGUAUGCUCAAACCAUCACAGCUCGACGACCGGGACGAGGACAUCUGA